AUGCUAAACUUUUUACCUUCAAUUGCAUCAUGUUUGGAUAAUGAACAUAUCCCAUGGAAAAACAUUUUAAUUGGUUUUUCAGUUGCUCAGUUUGUUUUCGAUAGCUACGUUUCGUAUCGUCAAUAUAGAGUUUUGAAAGAUAAAACCAAAAAAAUCCCACCAAUUUUAAAGGGCAAAAUUGAUGAAGAAAAAUUUGCCAAGUCUGACGAGUAUGGUAUUGCCAAAUCUAAGUUCGGGUUUGUUGAUAACUUGUUUAGCUUAAUUUUAAACAUUGUUGUUUUGAAAUAUGAUCUACAACCAUACAUUUGGAAUUUGUCCGGCAAAAUUGGCACCAAAUUAAUCUCUUAUUUCCGUCCUGCUAUUUCUGUUUCUGGUUUAGGCAUUGUCACUCAAAGUGUUUUUUAUUUUAAUCUAAGUACUUUUGCCUUUUCUUUAUUGAAUUUACCAUUUGAUUAUUAUAGCCAUUUUGUUUUGGAAGAAGCAUUUGGCUUUAAUAAAUUGACCACCAAGUUAUGGGUGACCGACUUAGUUAAAAGCAAUGUUUUACAAGUUGUUCUAAUGUCCCCGAUUUUGUACGCUGUUGGUAAGAUAUUCGAUAAAUUCACCGACAAUUUUAUUUAUUACAUUAUGGGGUUUAUCGCCAUUUUACAAGUUUUAAUGAUUUUAUUGGUUCCCACUGUGAUUUUGCCCUUGUUUAAUAAAUUCACGCCAUUAGAAGACGGUGAAUUGAAAACCAAGAUUGAAGAUUUGGCACGUAAAUUGAAAUUUCCAUUGGAUAAAAUUUUUGUCGUUGAUGGCAGCAAAAGAUCUAGUCACUCAAACGCUUAUUUUACCGGUUUGCCAUUUUUCAAACAAAGAAUUGUUAUAUUUGAUACAUUGAUCGAACAAUCCAGCGUUGAUGAAGUUGUUGCCGUUCUAGGUCAUGAAAUUGGGCAUUGGAAAAAAAAUCAUAUUAUACAAUUGUUGCUUGUUGGUCAAUUCCAUAUAUCAGUUAUUUUCACUCUAUUUUCUGCGGUUUAUCAGAACAAAUCACUAUACAAGAGCUUUGGUUUCAACAUUGAAUCAGCAACUGGUCAAAAAUCAGUUGGGAAAAAAGUGUUUUUGAAUAAUAAAUUCCCUUAUUUAAUUGGGUUUUCUAUCUUUGGCGAAUUAUUGAAACCUAUGGAUUGUCUUGUCCAAUUUAUUAUGAAUUUAUUUAUUAGACACAACGAGUAUGAAGCUGAUGCUUUUGCUACUAAGCUAGGCUAUGGUAAAGAACUAAGCCAAGCCUUGAUCACUUUACAAGUUGCUAAUUUAAGUAGUAUGCAUGUUGAUCCAUUGUAUUCUAGCUACCAUUAUAACCACCCAACUUUAAUAGAACGUUUGGAUGCCAUUGAAGCCGAAAUUGUUAAAUUAGAAAAGAAGAACUAG